AUCCGGUCUCGGCAGCUGCUCGGCCACCAUAUUGGGAUUGGUUGCCACCCGAGAAGAGGCCUCGGCUGCCGAGCGCUCUCCCUGCUGCCGCCCGAGGAGGGGACUUCUGCCUGGGGGAGGGGGCUGGAUCCGGCUCCAGACUUUGCUGCGGCCAUUGAGCCCUGAUCAGGCGAAGGAGAUCGCGGCGGGGACCGGACACUUCUUGAGGACUUGGCUACAAGCUCGGAGUGGGAGGUGGGGAAGUGAGAAAGGGCUUCAAGUGAGAUCAUGGAGGAGAAUGGCGAGGAUGUGGCUUCCCUGGCGGCCUACAUUUCAACAGAUGGCAGCUACACAGUAAGGGAAAAGAUGGUGAAUGAGGAAGAGGAGGGUACUUCUCAGCAGGGAGACCCUAAGCCAGCAGAACUACACAAGAUGCCCUUGGAAAGUUGCCAGGGGCAAACCUCCCCAGACCUUGAACCAGAGGGAGGCGAAAUCAGCGAGACCAGCUCGGAGACGGAGCCUACAAGCGCUGUCCCAGAACCGGAGAAUGAAUCCCUUGCCAUCAAUGGAAGUACCCCAGGGAGCGAAACUGUGGGCACUUACCUGUCACAGACGCAGUACAUCUGUCCCGUUUGUGGAGAAUGCUUUAAUGGAAGCUCCUGCCUUGUUGAGCAUCAGAAAGUCCACAAAGAAGAGAAACCCCACACGUGUCCAGUUUGCGGAAAAGGCUUCAGCCAGGAAGUGGAUUUGGUAGGCCACAUGCAGACCCACACGGACGAGAAGCCCUUUUCCUGCCUGGAGUGCGGGAGGAACUUCCUUUUCAGCUCUGAUCUGGUUGCCCAUCAGAAAGUCCACACGGGAGAGAAGCCCUAUAUCUGCCUGGAGUGUGGCAAAGGCUUCUCCCAGAGCUCCCAGCUCAUGUCUCAUCGGAGAGUCCACACGGGGGAAAAGCCCUACGAGUGCAUCAUCUGUGAGAAGAGCUUCCGGUCCAACUAUGACCUGGUCAACCACCAGAGGAGCCACACUGGAGAGAAACCAUACAUAUGCUCUGACUGUGGGAAAAGCUUUACCCGCAGCUCACACCUGAUAUCCCACCAGAGAGUUCACACUGGGGAAAGGCCCUAUCCCUGUGGGAUCUGUGGGAAGCGAUUCCGGGACUGUUCACAUCUUAUUAGGCAUCAGAGGGUCCACACCGGUGAGAAACCUUAUGAGUGCUCCAUUUGUGGCAAGAGCUUCCGGGUCAACUACGACCUCGUGACCCAUCAGAGGAACCACACUGGGGAAAAGCCUUAUGAAUGCCCUGAUUGCGGGAAGGGCUUCAAGCGGAGCUCGCACCUGAUCUGCCACCAGAGGGUCCACACGGGGGAAAGGCCCUACCCCUGUGGCAUCUGUGGGAAAAGCUUCAGCUACAGCUCGGACCUCAUCAAGCACCAGCGGAUCCACACUGGCGAGAAGCCUUACGAGUGCCACAUCUGUGGGAAGAGCUUCCGGAUUAACGCCGACCUGGUCACUCACCAGAGGAUCCACACAGGAGAGAAGCCUUACACGUGUGCUGACUGCGGGAAGUGCUUUGCGCGCAGCUCGCGGCUCGUGUCCCACCAGAGAGUCCACACGGGGGAAAAGCCCUACGUCUGCCGUGUGUGUUUGAAAUGCUUCAGCGAUGGCUCUGCUCUUGUGAAGCACCGGAGGAUCCAUGCAGGGGAGAAACCUUACACCUGCCCUGAAUGUGGGAAAAGCUUCUCUCAGAGCUCAACCCUUAUUGCUCACCAGAGAAUCCACACUGGAGAGAAGCCCUAUAAAUGCCCUGUCUGUGGUAAAGGUUUCAGCGUCAGCUCAAACCUCGUGGCUCAUCAGAGAAUCCACACAGGAGAAAAACCUUACGAGUGUUCGGUCUGUGAGAAAAGCUUUCUUGUCAGCUCCCACCUUAUCAGGCACCAGAGAAUCCAUACGGCGGAAAAGCCGUAUAUGUGCCGGGAGUGUGGUGAGUGCUUCACCCAGAGCUCUCACCUGGUCGUCCACAAGAGAAUUCACACCGGAGAGAAACCUUAUUUGUGUGCCGUGUGCGGGAAGAACUAUCGUGGGGUCUCCGACUUUAUUCUGCAUCAAAGAAUUCACACAGGCGAGAAGCCAUAUACCUGCCUGGAGUGCGGGAAAAGCUUCCGCCAAAGUUCAUGUCUUACCAAACAUCAGAGAAUACACACUGGAGAGAGGCCAUAUGAGUGCCAUGAAUGUGGGAAAAGCUUCAGUAGGAAUUCACAUCUUACUAGACACCAGAAAAUCCACACAGCAGAAAGAAAUGCCAGGCAGGUGCUCAAACAGUUCGCUGUCAGAGACUGAAAGUUAGGUUUAUUUUUAUCAUUGUUAUCAGUGAGGAGGAGGUCUCCCAUCUGUCCUUCUAGCCUUUGCUUCACCAUCUUGCACCACUUACUGUCUCCAAAGGAAGCAAAAACUGAUCAGGGAUGUGACGUGCUCCUAUAUUGCCACCUUGUGGUAUGGACAUGGUUCAUCUUUCUAGAUUUCCUGCUUUCUGAACAAUGGCUUUUGUAACUGUGCUGCCAAUGUCCAUCAUGGAACUCAAGCACAGUGUUUCUAUCAGGUUUAAAAUACCCAUCGUGUCAAUUUCCCCUUUAGACCAGUGUGGGUAGGCAACCUUUUUGGUCCCAUGCUCACAUUUGGCAGUUUGAGAAAAUGUCCUGGACGCCGCCACAAAAUGGCUGCCACAAAGGACACAUAAGAGCUGCCCAAAAGGCUGAGUUCAAGACAGAGGUGGGAGGGGUAGGGUACAGUGGAGGCUGGUGGCUCCAAUGUCAGUGGGGUGGUGACUCCAUUCCGGGUUUCAGUCAGAACAAGUCAGACUGCCAAAGGAGCUAUGUAUGCCAAGGUUUGAAGCAGUUUGGAUCGCUCCCUCAGAGUUCUGACUGAAACCCGAAGCAGAUUCACCGCCCCACUGACAUCAAAGCCACCAACCACCGUUGGUAGGGCAUUUUGUUGGUGACUGGGGGUGCACUGGUGUCCAUGGGCACCAUGUUGCCUAUCCCCACCUUAGACUGUGAGGUGUGAGAUACCCUUAAUUAGGGUGACCAUAUGAAAAGAUACAGGAUAGGGCUCCUGUAUCUAUAACUGUUGUGAUGAAGAGGGGAUUUCACCGGGUGCUGCAUGCAUACAAAGGACACCUGCUGAAAUUCCCUUUUCUAUGCAACUGUUAAAGAUGCAGGAGCCCUGUCCUCCUUUCCGUAUGGUCACCCUGCUUUAAUGCUCUUUAAGGGGCAUCCCCAGGAAAUGGCUGCUUUUUCCAGGAGGUGGAAUUGAAGACGGAUGCCUUCGUGAUAAAAACUUAGUCCUUUCUCUGAGCCGAUUCUACUGUGCAGAAACAAUAUGUGGCACAGCCUGAACAGUCCCUUACUUAUAAAAAAACCCCUGCCCCUGUUACUAGUUGGGAAAUCCCUGUUUCUCAACUUUAAUAAGAUUUGAGAAACACAGAUUUGCCCAAAUCUACACGACAAGUCUACAGCAAAGACAGACACCGAAGAAGACAGGCCUUCUCAGUCAAAGACUAACUUGUGAUAUACUGGAGCAGAGAAUAGCUGUUCGUGACCUCCAACCUCACCUUUGGGCUGUAAUCUUGAACUCACUAGGGGGGGGCAGCUUUUCCCAUCCUGAUGCCCUCCAGAUGGGCACUCAAUUGGGGAAGGCUGUGCUAGGCAGUAAAUCCUAUUGGUUUCAGCAGUUCUUACUUCCAAGUAAACAUGCGUAGUGUUGUUGUUAGACAACUGUGGAUGUGAUAUAAUAUGCUAUAAAGUGCUGGUUCUCAACAGCAGUUUUGCAUGUUCAAAUUAUCUGUCGGUGCGCCCGGUUUGAAAUAAUACCUAAUCCUGUUAACAAUCUGCAGACUUGCCUUCAGAUGUUCCAAUUGCUGUGCAAUUUGAGCUUUGACUGCUGUCAUGUGGUGUGGGAAAGCGCCCCUCCCCUUCCCACAAACGGGAAUGUGCCAAUUGUAGUAUCCCUCAGGCAUAGGGACCAUACGGGUGAGCUUACCUGCUCAGCCUGCCACUUGCCCCUAGACUACCAGGCAAUAACUUCAGAGUCUUUUCCUUGCUGGAUUCCUUUAUUACUAAAACCUCCUUGAACAGUGAUACUCCAAAACCCUGUAGCAAGGCCCACACCAAGUGGCUGAAACAGAGGCCCCGCCCAGGCCUUCGAUGAGGACCUGGAGACUAGCAGCUACAGGCCUCUGAAAGAUAUAUACAUCCACAUAUCACACCAAUGGCUUGGCCCUUGGGAAGAACCAGAGACAGGUUUACACGGUUUGCAGAUCAUUUGGAGCUUCUUAAGCCCCACCCCCUCCCCGAAGUGCUUAUAAAUCCAAGUGAGUGUACUUGGCAGGCAGUGGAAGCUGGUCGCUCCAGGGUCAGUGGGGUGGUGAAUCCGUUUCAGGCAGAACGCGAAAGGAUCUAUCCAAGGUGUUUUAAGGUUGUGACUGAAACCCGGAGUGGAUUCACCACCCCUCUGACCUUGGAGCCACCCGCCUCCACUGUUUGCAGUACUGGCUCCAGGUUUUUGAGGACUUUUAGGCAAGACAUCCUCAAUGCCCCCCCCCCCUCCUUUAGUAAAUCUACCUUCUCAGCUGCAUUGUCAUCAACUGCUCUUGCUGCUCCUCGUUGCUACCAUUGGCUUACUUGAUAGGGAGAGAGCCAAUGAGCAAGUAGGAAGGGGCAUCUUUGGCUCCUUCUUACUACCACUACUAUGGUGUGGGCCAGAGCGAGAGGCAGGUGAACAAGGAGGUUGCAACAGUGAAAAGAAGGAGCAACUCCUGGGGCCUUUUGUCAGUAGGGUCCUGGCUGGGGUCUGGGCCCAUGCCAGGUACCCAACCAUACCCACCAGUGACGCCAGCGCUGAUAUAAUUGCAAUGUGAAGAGAAGGUUGGCUCUGAGUGGGAUGGGGAUGUAUCUUUGCCAACUGCCAUUGAUUGUCUCAGGGGGAAAGGAUCCCCCUUGUUUGUUGUUGUUUAGCAAAAAUAAAAUAAAAUAGGCAAACCCAAAGCAACUGCAGCCGA